AUGUCGGCAAUAUCAUCUCCACGUCCCUCCAUUACUUCCUCCCGAGCCCAUUCACCGGGUCCAGCCUCCUCCCGCCCAUCACUCGAUGUCUUGAACACCAGCGCCAGCGGGGGCCUCAGCGCUGCAUCUACCCCAUCCACCGGACGAGCUCUCUCCCCCUCACUCCAUCUCCGACGUAAUCGCAGCGCCCUCCGAGACUACUACAACCUUAAACCGCCCGGCGCAGAUACGAAUGCUUCCCGGGACGCAUCUCGCUCCCGGAGUGUGCCGCGGAACACAGAUGCAGGAGACACCUCCGACCCAACCGCUCUAGGGUCAGGGACGGAGCUCGAUAGUCCAGACUUCGACCCACGACGGUAUGUCGAGCAUCUAUUGUCAUCUUCGUCACUGUCUACGGUACUCAAGGCCGAGAACACGUUGGUUGGAGAUAUCCGCACUCUCGACGGAGAGCGGAAGGCGCUGGUCUACGAUAACUACUCGAAGUUGAUUCGCGCUGUGGAGACAAUUGGUAAAAUGCGGCGCAGUAUGGAUGAUCGCGGUGCACCUUUGACUAUGACGAAAACGCUAGGUCCGGCUAUUGAUUUUGUUGCUGAUACUGCUGGUGGGCUCAUCAAGGAAGGUGAGGAGCAGCGGCGGCGAAUGAAAGAAGCGAAGCUGGCAGACGGGGCCUCAAAUCAGAAGAGGGAGAAGGAUACUGUCCGGUGGGUUCUUGCCGCACCGCAGAGAUUGGAGAAGCUUGUGGUAGAGAAAAAACAGGAGGACGCGGAGAAGGACUGGAAAGAGAUCCAGCAAUUACUCGACGCUUGGGGUAAUGUUAAGGGGGUUUCUGAGAUUCGAGAAGCGUGUGAGAACGUCAUGAACCGGGAAAGCCAUGAUGACUGA